AUGGGCUCUCGCAUCUUCAACUUCAUCGCCAACAAAUGGACCAACAGUCCGGGAAAAAAGACGACGUCUGAAGUGGAUCAUUCGUCGGGCACGAGCACCCCUGCUGCCACUACCACCACCUCUACUACGGCUACUUCAGUGCACGAGGAAUCGUCGUCCCCGCCAUCAUCCGUGGACGAGUCGGGUGCGGUCGCUGACGAGGUGAAAAUGGAGACUGAAAAGGAAGAUGGUACAAACAUGGAGCUCGAAAGCGAAGUACAGCAACAGGAGGAGAAGGAGGAAGACGAAGAUGAUACCGAGGGAAUGGAUAUGAAAGCCAGGGCAUUGACAAAACUGCUCCAGACAAGCUCAGUUUUCGUCGCUAUCAUGGCCGAUAAGAUGAAAGAACAACAGAAACAGCAACAAGACGCAGCUAGGAGAAAAGCCGCAAAACGACACGCAGAACCAACCAAGGAAACAUCAACUCCUGCACACGGCCGUCGCAGCACUCGCUUCAAGGGCAAUGAAGAAAUAAAACCCGAACCUGCAGCCGCAGGAAAAGGUGGCAAACCUGAACCGAAGAAAUCCGCUGCGAAAAAGGGUGCAGCCAAGAAGGGUGUUCAGAGUAACAACAUCUCAAGCUACUUCCAAAAAGCAGAUGUAGAGAUGAAAGGGGAUAAUCCUACAGUUCAAGAGGCGCUGGCCCAGGCGGCAGACGAGUUUGAGGCAAAACCCACUGCGAUCGGUGAGCAAGAGGGCCUGGUUGCAACCGAACAACCUAGUCUUGUCUCGGGUGGAAAGAUGAGAGAGUACCAAUUAGAAGGCCUAGAAUGGAUGAAGUCACUGUGGAUGAAUGGGCUGUGUGGUAUCCUUGCGGACGAAAUGGGACUCGGCAAGACCGUCCAGGCAAUAUCAUUAAUCGCGUUUUUCAAAGAGAACAACAUCUCUGGCCCUUUCUUAAUUGCAGCACCUUUAAGUACGGUUAGCAAUUGGGUGGAUGAGUUUCAGAGAUGGACACCCGAAAUCAACACGAUCUUAUAUCACGGCUCUAAGGAUGACCGAGCUGAGCUUCGGCAGCAGAUGAAGCUAAAAGAUCAGAAGUCUAUGGACUUUCCUGUUAUUUGCACUUCGUACGAGAUUUGCAUGAACGACCGCGCUUUCCUGUCUCAGUUUCAAUGGAGAUACAUUGUCGUGGACGAGGGUCACCGACUGAAAAACAUGAACUGCAAAUUGAUCAAAGAGCUUCUUUCCUACAAUUCUGCCAACCGUCUGCUCAUUACUGGAACACCAUUGCAAAACAACAUUUCCGAGCUGUGGUCUCUCUUGCAUUUCCUGCUGCCUGAGAUUUUCAACGAUUUGGAAAGCUUCGAGGGCUGGUUCGAUUUUUCGUCCGUUCUCGAUCGAAAUGGCCAAAGGGACGUUGUUGAAAAGCGCAAGCGAAAUCUUGUGACUACUAUGCACUCCAUCCUCAAACCGUUUCUUUUGCGGCGUAUCAAGACCGACGUCGAGACCGAUCUUCCCAAAAAGCGAGAGUACAUUCUUUACGCACCACUUACGGCGGAACAGAAGGAUCUUUAUCGAGAGAUAUUAAGUGGCACUGGGCGCCAAUACUUGGAGAACAAGGCAAUUGAACGCAUCGAAGCUAAGAGUGGACGGCCAUCUCGUUCGGCCAGCGUGAAGAGAAAGGCAGAAGACAGUGGAGACAGCACUCCGGCUAAAAGUACACGGACGAAUCGCUCAUCUACUCCAGGCAGUAUCAGUGGUCGCACCCGAAAGGGGCGUCAGAGCUAUAGAGAAAUUGGCGAUCGAGAAUUCAAUGCUCAGCUCCGACGAUUGGAAGAUGGCAUUGAGGACCAAGAAGAGAAUGAAGAAAGCCCCGGCGAAACCGAGCAGGAAGAGAUGGAGCGGGCCAAGACGAUUAAACUAGCAAAGAAGGAAAUCAGCAAUAAGAAACUUCAGAACCCGGUCAUGCAAGCUCGACUAGCCUGCAAUUCUCCGCAUAACUUUUAUUGGCCAUGGGGCGAGGAUUCCUCGACCGUGGAUGAGACGCUUGUAACGGCAUCCGGCAAGAUGCUGCUUCUCGACCGCUUGGUCCCGUGUCUGAUGCGCAAGGGUCACAAGCUUUUGAUAUUCUCUCAGUUCAAGACACAGCUCGACCUGAUACAAGACUGGGCCACGCUCCGCAAGUGGAAUUGCUGCCGUAUCGACGGUGGCGUCAGCCAAGUUGACCGCCGAGAUCAGAUCAAGGCCUUCAACACGAACAAAAAUUACAAAAUCUUCUUGCUCAGCACCCGCGCUGGGGGCCAGGGAAUCAAUCUGACAGCUGCUGACACGGUUAUUCUGUACGACUCGGAUUGGAAUCCUCAACAAGACCUGCAAGCACAAGACCGCGCCCAUCGUAUCGGCCAAACCCGACCAGUCAUAGUCUACCGUCUUGCUACAAAAGGAACCGUGGAACAGACACUGCUAGAGAAAGCAGACUCGAAACGCAGAUUAGAGCGUCUCGUGAUUCAAAAGGGAAAGUUCAAAAGUCUUCUUGAUAACAAUAACGGCACUACCAUUCACAACGAAGUCGAAGAGCUACGCAAGGCCCUUGGCGAGGAUGAGUUUGAGCAAUUCCAUAUCAGCAGUGACGAUCCAAAGUCUAUUCUUUCUGACGAAGAUCUUGCCAUUCUUACGGAUCGAAGUGAGGAAGCCUAUGUUCGCGCCGAGAAGGGCUUGGAAAGGACGGGCCGCGCUUUCCAGGCUGUGGAGACCAAGGAAGACCAGGGGAUUAUGGCGGAGCUUACUGUGCGUUGA